AGUGCAAACAUGGAUUGAUAAUAGAGAAGACAGUGAGUUUGUUGGUGUUGGUGCUAGAUUUGGCACUCCAUUGGAAUCUCAAGAAAGGCAUGCCAAUCGAACCCGUCUUUUAAUAGCAGAUCCUCCUGAUCUCUGCAGUCCACCUAGGAAAAAGCUUUCUGGAGAAGUCCUAUUGGUACACCGGGGUAAAUGCAAAUUUACAUCAAAAGCAAAAGUUGCAGAGGCUGCUGGUGCUUCUGCUAUCCUUAUCAUAAAUAACUGUAGAGAGCUAUACAAAAUGGUCUGUGAUCGCAAUGAGACAGAUCUCAAUAUAAAUAUACCUGCUGUUAUGCUCCCUCAAGAUGCUGGUGCGAGCCUGGAGAGUACUAUCAAAAAUGGUGUUGCAGUUGCAGUGCAGUUAUACUCUCCAGACCGUCCUCUUGUGGAUACAGCAGAGGUGUUUCUAUGGUUAAUGGCAGUCUGUACUAUAUUGUGUGCUUCUUAUUGGUCAGCAUGGAGUGCUAGAGAAGCAUCUACCGAACAUGAGAAGCUGUUAAAGGAUGCUCCAGAAGAGUUGCUAAAGAUGGAAACCAGUGGCAGUGGUGUUGUGGACAUUAACACCGCGUCUGCACUUCUAUUUGUUGUGAUUGCAUCAUGCUUCCUGAUCUUACUUUACAAACGCAUGUCCUCGUGGUUUGUGGAGCUUUUGGUGAUUCUAUUUUGCAUUGGAGGAGUGGAGGGCCUGCAAACUUGCUUGGUGGUUUUGUUGUCAAGGUGGUUUAAACGCGCUGGAGAAUCAUUUAUUAAAGUGCCCUUCUUUGGAGAUGUCUCGUACCUUACUCUCGCUGUUUCUCCUUUCUGCAUAGCAUUUGCUGUCAUUUGGGCUGUUUAUCGCCGAAUAUCAUUUGCCUGGAUAGGCCAAGAUAUAUUGGGUAUUGCAUUGAUUAUUACAGUCCUCCAGAUUGUUCAUGUACCAAAUCUCAAGGUGGGUACUGUGCUUCUUAGUUGUGCCUUCCUGUAUGAUCAUCUUCUGGGUUUUUCUUUCAGGUGGUUCCAUGAAAGUGUGAUGAUUGUGGUUGCUCGAGUGAUAAAAACUGGAGAGGAUGUGCCUAUGCUACUAAAAAUCCCUCGAAUGUUUGAUCCAUGGGGCGGUUACAGUAUCAUUGGUUUUGGAGACAUCCUACUACCAGGCCUGUUGGUUGCCUUCUCUUUGAGAUAUGAUUUUUUGGCAAAGAAAAAACUUCGAAAUGGCUACUUCUUAUGGUCGAUGACCGCCUAUGGUGCUGGCUUGCUCGGCACAUAUCUUGCCUUGACUUUGAUGGAUGGACAUGGCCAGCCAGCCCUUCUUUACAUUGUACCAAUCAUGCUAGGCACACUGCUAAUGAUAGGGAAAAGAAGAGGCGAACUGAAAAAUCUCUGGACCAGAGGAGAACCGGAAAGGGCAUGCCCGCAUAUCCAAUCAACUGAGUAAGCGCAGCUGGCUUCGAUAUAUUUUGUACUAUGCACAAUAUAAAACAGACUGUUAUGAACCGUUUGACCUUGAAUUAUGUUCAUCAAAUUUUAGUAUAUUGUAAGAGUAAUCAUUGAGGGAGUUCAA